UUUAUUAGCAGCAUCACUUCUAUUUUAUACCCCAGUGAAAACCAGUGCAAAGCUAACAGAUGAGCAGUGAUGUUUCUAAGUGCUGGUAGCAGUGGUGAUGUGCUCAGGAUUUAAGCGAAGACAGAAGGAGACGACAGGUCCUCUCUCCCUCCACUCGGAUCCUUCUGUUCUGCUCUCUGUCCCUUUAAACGCACCCGUCAGUUUCCGGAAUCGUUCGGAGGUGCUCGUUAUCGUCCCCCAUUCACUGCGGCUCCAUCGCCGAGCGGACUGGCCCGCUACUCUCAUCCCAGACCUCAGCUCAGACCGUCAAAUCUAUUAAACCACCAUCGCCGGCUCCCUGGAAGCCUUCAGCUCGUGUCCAAAUGCAGGCUAUCAAAUGUGUGGUGGUCGGCGACGGGGCUGUGGGUAAGACCUGUCUGCUGAUAAGCUACACCACCAAUGCCUUUCCUGGUGAAUACAUCCCCACUGUCUUUGACAACUACUCUGCUAAUGUGAUGGUGGAUGGGAAACCAGUGAAUCUGGGCCUUUGGGAUACAGCAGGACAGGAGGACUACGAUAGGCUCAGACCACUGUCUUACCCACAGACGGAUGUGUUCUUGAUAUGCUUCUCCCUGGUCAGUCCGGCCUCCUUUGAGAACGUCCGAGCUAAGUGGUACCCUGAGGUGAGACACCAUUGCCCCAACACACCCAUUAUCCUGGUGGGCACUAAACUGGAUUUGCGAGAUGACAAGGACACCAUUGAGAGGCUGCGAGACAAGAAGCUUUCUCCCAUCACCUACCCACAGGGCCUAGCCAUGGCAAGAGAGAUUGGGGCUGUGAAGUACCUGGAGUGCUCAGCGCUGACCCAGCGAGGCCUGAAGACAGUAUUUGAUGAGGCCAUCCGAGCCGUGCUCUGCCCUCCGCCGGUGAAGAAGAGGGGGAAAAGGUGCACCAUGUUCUGAGGAGGAAACACUACUAUAACACUACAUCACCAUGAACAACAACCACUACUUCUCUGAGAGGAUGAGAGAGAAAACUAGCGAGAGUGAGCGUGCACUGCUGAGAUUGCUGUCUUUAUAUUGAUGUUUUUUCAAAGUGAUAUUGGUAACAAGACCAAUAUUUAAUCAGAUUUUUUUUUUUACCAUUACUGAAUAGUUCAUAGGUUCUGAACGACACUGACUGUCCACCUACUUUGUACUCAUAGAACCACAUCAAGUUGCCAUGAGGGCUGACAAAGGUUUCUAUUACUUGCCUUCAUACUGGAACAUCUCUUCUUUCUCAGCCAUGCUUGCUUGAAUUAAUGCAGUGUUGACUAGAUAGAAAGUGAACUAUGAAUACGCCUUCAGGUCGGAAGUUACCCCUAGUUUCGGAUCUAAGAUCAGUAUUUGGAAACAAGAUGUUACUGCAUUUAUGAAAUUUCACAUACUAAGUUCUAAAUAGAAAUAGUGUAGUUCCUCAACAAGAGAUAAGAAUGAAUGUUGAAGGGAUAUUCUGGUUUAUUACAACAAAGCCUCAGGUUGUUUUGUAGUUUCAGCCAUCAUUUCUAUUGGUCCUGACAGCUUUGUGUUCACCAAGUCAGCUGCUGAGAUCUUUUGAAAACAAACCUCCUUAUUCGCCAAACUUGUUUCAAUGUGGCCCAGCAGCUCACUUUUGCCCUUUACCUGCUACAUUAAGUUGGUCACAGCUAACUGUAACAGUUGUCUGACUGCUUUUGAAACCCUGUCGUACAUCUCACCAAAUACUUUUGAUGAGUACCAAAUUGUUAGUACUUAUAGGAAUGAUGUACAAAACUAAAAACAUCUCCCAAAGGAUGAUUUGGAAGAGACCUAGCAUAAUGUUGAAAUAGCAACCAAAAAUAAGAGCAGAAACAUUUUACUGAACUAAAGACGCAUUUUCUUCAUUAGUAGCUUUUCAGUUUUUGCCUUGCACAAAUUUGUGAAGACUCAUUCUUUACCCUUUGAAUACUACUUUGACAAAAAAAAAUCUUAUCACAAGGUCUACUUACUUGGUUGUACUGGAGUUUUCAGCCAUACCUUGUUGUCUUCAUCAGCAAAAGGGUUUACUCAGUUGAAGACAAAGACAUGUGGCUGAAAAAUGCUAUUUACAAAGUCAAUAAUUAAUAUUUAGGGUGGAAUGGUAAUGGUAAUGGUAGAUAAAAUGUUCUUAACUUAAGGUCCACUUAAAACCUUUUCACAAAAUUUUAACUUCACAUCAUGGUCCUCCUCAAUGAAGACUGUGAGAUGAUGAAGACCUCUCUGGAUCAGUGACUGGGUCAUUUUCACUGAUGAAGUCCAUGUGGUUAAAGGCUCUGAAGAGCAAGCCUAUGGACUUUAAAUUCAGAUAUUUUUGUUUAUUUAAGUUGUUUAAGGAAAUAGUAUCCAGUCCGUACUAUCCUUUUUUAAAAACACUUGUGUUCUUAAUUUCAACAGAAAUCUGAUCUUAGUCUAGUGUCUUUGGGUAACUUUAUCUGUGAACACAUGACAGAUGAGCAUGCCAAACGUGGGGGCUGUACAACCUUGCUGCCUGAGUUCUCUGGGGAUGGAGGAGCUUGCAUGGGUCUUAAUAUACUCUGUCUUAAUUUAUCCCAUUGUUUAGAUCUUAUCUCUGUUCCUCUCUCUCUCUCUGUGUGUGUGUGUGUGUGUGUGUGUGUGUGUGUGUGUGUGUGUGUGCGUGUUUGAGUGUAUAUGAACUCUGGUGUUUGUGUGUUUGGACAAAUGCGUGUCUGCAUCAGUGAGACAGUAUAGUUCGACAGUUUGGGAUAGCGCAUAAAAGACAGUAUUGUUUUAAGCCAAGUUUUUAGUGUCCAGUUUUUGGUACUAUUUCUUAUUGUACUGUAGGAAUACACAAGACUUUUCAACACUCUGUUAACAUAAGAAAGAAAAAAUGGAUAUCAAUGACAUCUAGUGAUGUACAGAAUAAUCCUUAGAAAAGGAAUGCAUUAUGAAUAUCUAUCUACAUGUACCUGAAUAUUUAGCUCUUAAAACUAAAACAGUUCAAACUAAAGGGAUUAUAGUUGCUCAUGUCGAAGUUAGAAGUGUUGCUAACAGUGUAAAAUAAAGGGGCCAAUCUUUGUGGAGUUUGUCACUAUGGCAAACCGUGCAGAUUGUACCUUUAUGACAUGCAUUUCUGUAUGGUUGCAGACCUGCAGUGUGUUUCCUUCCUGUGAUGAGACACAGCACUGCAGUCCACUCUGUCAUGCUGUUUGGUUGGCAUAGCAAACUGUGGUUGAAUUAUGUCGUGGUCCUGCCAAAAAAUUCUAAUCUACUAUUGCAUGGAAGUUCUCUGGUUAUUUGACCCACUGUAAUUCUUAAGAGAGGUUGUAUGAUGAAAUGCAUUGGCCGUGUAUGUAUGUAAUGUAAGAUUAAUUGUAUACUUGUUUUAACUGUCUGUCUUAUUUUUUAUUACUUCACGUUUGUGUGGUGAAAUCUUAAAAUUUUUGUAUACUAAAUACAAAUGUAUAUGUAAAGUA